AUGUUUCCCUGCGGGCCCGGUAGCCCCGGAGGGGACCGGACGGCCGGAGCCGGCGCUGAGGAGCCAGCCCCGCUCGGGGAGCAGGCGGCAGCGGCCGGGCCGCUCCCUGCCCCCCUGUUGGCGCCGCCGCCGCCCGGGGCUGACGCAGCCCCUCCUCCCCUGUCGCCCUCCAGGAGCCCUCGCUCCGCCCGCAGCCCCUCGCCGCCGUCCCCCGCCGCGCGCGCCGGCGAGCCCUGGCCGGCGGGAGCCCCGAAGCCCCCCGCGGCUCCGGCCCCGGGGAAGCCGAGGUCCCCGCUCUCCCCGCCGCGCCGGCGAUCGGGGCCGGACUGCGGGGCCGACGCCGGCCCGGGCGGCCCGGGCGCCCGGCUGUUCGGGUGGCUGCGGGAGCGCAGCCUGGGCCGCGGGCUGUUCGUGGACCCGGCGCGGGACAACUUCCGCACCAUGACCAGCCUCUAUGGCUCCAUCCACCCCGCGGACUCCGUGUACCUCAGCACCCGCACCCACGGGGCCGUCUUCAACCUCGAGUACUCGCCCGACGGGUCAGUGCUGACAGUUGCUUGUGAACAGACUGAAGUUCUGCUUUUUGACCCUAUAUCAUCUAAGCACAUAAAAACACUUUCUGAAGCCCAUGAAGACUGCGUAAAUAAUAUCAGAUUUCUUGAUAAUCGGCUGUUUGCUACCUGCUCUGAUGACACUACAAUAGCACUAUGGGAUCUGAGAAAAUUAAACAACAAAGUAUGCACUUUACAUGGUCACACUAGCUGGGUGAAGAACAUCGAAUAUGACACUAAUACAAGACUCUUAGUAACAUCAGGAUUUGAUGGAAAUGUCAUUAUUUGGGACACUAACAGGUGUACAGAAGAUGGGUGUCCACAUAAGAAAUUUUUCCACACACGUUUUCUUAUGCGAAUGAGAUUAACACCAGAUUGUUCCAAAAUGUUGAUCUCAACAUCCUCUGGAUAUCUCUUGAUUUUGCAUGAUCUUGACUUAACCAAGUCUUUAGAAGUAGGCAGCUAUCCCAUUUUGAGAGCAAGAAGAACUACAUCAAGUUCAGAUCUGACUACUUCAUCAAGUUCAUCUGGUCCUAGAGUUUCUGGUUCACCUUGUCAUCAUAGUGAUUCUAAUUCAUCUUCUGAGAAACACAUGUCACGAGCCUCGCAAAGAGAAGGAGUUUCACCACGAAAUAGCCUUGAAGUCUUAACCCCUAAAGUUCCUGGUGAGAGAGACCGUGGGAACUGCAUCACAUCUUUACAGUUGCACCCGAAAGGCUGGGCCACUCUUCUUCGGUGCUCAAGCAACACUGACGAUCAGGAGUGGACUUGUGUCUAUGAAUUCCAAGAAGGAGCUCCGGAAUUCGUAAGUUGCAUUGAUUAUGCCCCAAGAGAGGAGGGACCGGUGGUAAUUCAGAUGGGCACCUCUGAAGAGAUUUGUCAGUUUCCUGUCUCGUUCUAA